GCAGUGGUCCGGAGCGGUCGCGUGCUUGCCGCCCUCAGACUGUUAACGCGAGUGAUAUAAAGUGAGACCAGCGUCGUGAUCGUUGAUGUUUGUUUAGAAUUUUAUCGUGUAUCGUCUGAUUUGGAGCUUUACAUGACGUGACGCCCACGGAAUAAAAAUAUGCGUCCAGCUGUCAGAUGAUGAGCCCGCCACGCCGCCAGCAGUCCCCGGGGCACAGCGAGCGACCACCAGUAUCAGUACCGGCAAUAGCACUGGCCCCAGCACCCGCCCUGGCACCACCCCCGGCACCGGCACCAUGUAAUAGCGGAACAUGAAGCUGGCCAGCUGCACCCUGUACAUCACCAGCCUGCUGUGGCUCAACUUGACUCACGCUAAAAUUGGUUACUUCUGGCACAUCACGGACCUGCACUAUGACCCGUUUCACAACUCCCCCGAGUUUAAAGGAUGUCGCCACGGCCACAACCACAAGGAGCACUCGCACCGCAACGGGCGGCACCGGCUGGAGACGUGCGACGCGUCGUGGUCGCUCAUCCAGAGUGCGGCCGCCUUCAUGGCGGAGAGGCAUCCUGACACGCUAGAGUUCGUGCUGUGGACCGGGGACAUCCUCUCGUCCUCCAUGGAGCACGCCAGCGAGGAGCUCAAGCUAGAAGCCGUCAGGAACGUCACAGAUGUCCUGAGCCGCACCUUCAGCAGUCAGUUCGUGUUCCCGGCGCUGGGACACAACGACCCGCCGCCCUCGCGCCGCCUCGUCGACAUGUGGAUGCAGUGGCUGCCCACCGAGGCGCUGGACACUUUCGAAACUGGCGGCUACUACACGAUAGAGCAGUCGCAUAGCAAGCUGCGCAUCGUGGUGCUGAACAGCAACCUGUGGGCGGGCGGGGCGUCCCGCUCCGACGCGCAUGCGCACAGCCACGCGCGCGCGCAGUGGAAGUGGCUGGAGGGCGUGCUGGACAAGACGCGCAAGCAGCAUGAGAUGGUGUACCUAGUGGCGCACGCGGGGCCCGGCAUGGAGGAGCGCCCCAACGCCGGCAGCGCCUCCGCGGCGGGGGGCGGCGAGUUGUCGCCCCUAGCCAACUCGCGCAUCCUCCACACCAUCCGCCAGUACAGUGACGUCAUCGCCGGACAGUUCUACGGACAUCGGCAUGCCGAUACCUUUAGGAUAAUUUACAAUGAAGGUCGUCCAGUCUCGUGGGCCUUUUUAGCGCCCUCGCUGACGCCGCGCGGCGCCGGCAGUGUCUCCAAUCCAGGAUUGAGACUCUACAAGUUUGACUCUAAUACCGGCAAAGUGCUGGACUACACACAGUAUUACCUAGACAUAAGCCACACCAGAGGUGAAACCCACUGGUCCAUAGAGUAUAACCUGACGCAGUAUUACGGACUUAGAGAAGUGACUGCAGCGUCAUUAGAUGCCCUAGCCGACCGGAUACGAAACCAUCACGAUAGGGGAGUGUUUGCCAAGUACCUAGCAGCGUUGCGCGCGCGCCACGCCACCGACACAGACUGUGACUCAGCGUGUGUGCACGUGCACUUCUGUGCGAUCACUCGCGCCGACUACCACGACUUCCGCGCGUGCGUGAGCAACCCCGCGUCGGCGCUGGCGUCGCGCGCGCCGCACCCUCACUCCGCCGCCAUCUUGCUUUACGCCAUCUUGGUUUUAAUCUCAACCUAAGGGCUCAUACAAAAACACUCGAGACACCUGCGAUUUGGGCCGUUUUUAACAGCAUGCGGAUUUGAUCACGCGCGCGGGAUUGCCUUGCACGCGUUCAUACAAGUAUUCGUUGUAACGCGUGGAAUAUACACGCGAGACGCGGGAAAAUGGCGUGCCAUCCCGCGUGCGUGAUGAAAUCGGCAUGCUGUUAAAAACAGCCUUGGAGGGAGACGUUUUUGCGAUGCAAUGCUAAUUUGCAGUUAUGUGUGGGAGCCCUUAGGUCUACGGAACUUUUUAGUGUCUAUAAUUAGGUAUAACAUACAUAAAUAUGUAUAUUUUUAAAGUGCGAAUGAUCUCAUGGUAGAUUUAUCGGUUGGUGAUUUUAUUGGAGUUUAUUUUACUGUUAUGUAUCUAAAUUGUUGGUUAUUAUUUCGUAAAACGUGUGUAUGUAUUGUAAAUAUACGUAGUCUUAUUUACUUAACUCGAUGUGUAAUAGUGGGUAAACACCUAAAUAACUCAGAUAUCAUUAAAAACAUAAUCGUUGAUGUACCGUAUU